AGGCCCAAAGAAAGAUUGAUGAACCCGCGCUCCCUAUUCUAUUCUUCUUCUUCUUCUCAUUUUUGCGUUCUGCUCUGUUUUGCAGCAACCAAGCCAUUCACGCAAGAAUAUGGACACAUCAAAUCCUGCAGUUUUUGUCAAUGCAGAACUCUUGCAGUUUUAUGUUGGAAGGAGGGUUCGGGCUGUGAUGCAGGUUGUGCGAUCCGAGGGGGGCGUUGUCAUUGGAAAAUCAACAGAUGAGAAGCAGCUAGUUGUGAAAGGACCACCCCCACCUGCACCUCUUACAAAUUUUGUUGAAGUUAUUGGCAUUGUUGACAAUGAUAGAUCCAUUCGAGCUGAGAUAUGGACCAAUUUUGGCAAUGUGAUUGAUAUGUUCAGCUACAAUAAGCUUUGUCAGCUUGCAAAUGGAGAAUUUAAGCACUUGUUUGUGUGAGGUAUAACGAGCUCUAUCUGAUGAUGAUAUGAAGUCCCCUCUGAAACAUGUGCAGAACCGGAGAUAUUAUCAUUUUUUCUGGGUACUUGUUGGAAACUAUUUUCACUGAUUAUAAUUAAAAUAUCAAUCUGAUUUGUACAGAGUUGUCUGUCGUGUUUUACAUCCUCGGUUGUCAGCAUAUCCUUGUGCUGUAAAUCUGCAAUCAUCAGCAUUGCACGAGUUUUAGGCAUUCCAUGCUUAAGCAUACAGUGUGUACUUUAGUCAUGUUCAUGUUUCUUUUCUGCCCUAAAAGUGUGAACCAUUAUUAAUAGAUUCAUAUUACUGCACGUUAUAAUGGCAGGCCAAGUAGCCAACAACACUUGAGCUAUUGAACAGGUUUUCACCUUUGAACUUCUAACUUGAUUAUCCAUGAUACUCCUCAUUUGCAAUAAUGAGGUGAGGAUAUACGUGGACAUAUACUGUAGAAAGCCAUAAGAGAGGUAACAUUCCUCUGCUGGAUGGAAUAAUAAGUUGAUAACUAAUCUAUUGCAUAAUAAGCUGGAAACUAGAAACAUAGCACGUCUACAUUUUUAUUUUUUGGCAAGUAUUUUUCCAUCUGAAAAUAAACUACGACGAUUUUUGUUUCUUGUCCCUGCUAAGCCAACGCAAUAUUGAUUGUGAUGGGAAAACUGUUAAUUAUU